ACAUAAGACGCAGUUCAAUUCAAGGCCCCAUACAUGUCUCUAAUAAUAGCUCCACAUCUUCCAUCUCUCUUUUUUGAAAGAUAAAUCUAGUUCUCUCUCUUCUAAUAGGCUGCCUUUCUUGUCUAGUAAGUGAAGUAGUAAGGUUGUGUUUUUGAUGAUGAUGAUGAUAAGUUUCUUCAGAUAACUUCCAUAAACACACACAAAAAAAAGCAGUUUCUUCAGGUUACCGUAGCUUCUGCCCAGCUAAUAUUAAUUCAGAUGACUAAAGUCUGCUCUCUAUUUCUCUGAUCUGCAAAGGGAAGAGGAAGUUUAACAUCAAAAAUGGCAAGAGAGAAGAUAAAGAUAAGGAAGAUAGACAACAUAACAGCAAGACAAGUGACUUUCUCAAAGAGAAGAAGAGGGAUCUUCAAGAAAGCUGAAGAACUCUCAGUUCUUUGUGAUGCCGAUAUUGCCCUUAUCAUCUUUUCUGCUACUGGCAAACUCUUUGACUUCUCCAACUGCAGAAUGAAGGAUAUCUUGUCACGAUAUACUAGGCAGACAAAGGAGGAGAAGCAAGAAGAACCAUUCCUUGAACUGCAGCUAGAGAACAGCAACCUUGCUAAACUCAGUAAAGAGGUUGCAGAUAAAAGUCAGGAGCUAAGAAAGUUGAAAGGAGAGGAUCUUCAAGGUGUGGACUUGGAAGAAUUACUAAAGCUUGAAAGAUUGAUUGGGGAUAGUUUAUCUCGCGUUAUUGACACUAAGGGAAAGCGUAUUAAGCAUGAGAUUGAAACUCUCCAAAAACAGGGGGAUAUAUUAAUGGAAGAAAAUCAGAAACUAAGAAGAAAGAUGAUUGCAUUAUCACAGGGAAGAAAGCCUGCUAUUCUUCUAGAUCACUCUGAUACUUCCACCAUCCAUGAACAAGGUCAAUCUUCGGAGUCCAUCACAAAUAAUGGUGGUCCUCCUCUCGCUGAAGACGAUAGCUCCGACACUUCUCUUAAAUUAGGGUUAUGCCUAUUUUGAAGAACUGAUGAAAUGCUGAUGAGAAGUGAGAUUCAGAUUCAUAUAUAUCUAUCAACACUAGUUAUAUUAUUAUACACCCAAAUAAAGACUAUUGGGGGUUUGGCGUAGCUUAUAGUUUGUGUAAUUUGCCUAAUGUUGAAGAGGAAGACGUCGAUCUAGUGUGUAAUUGCCGUAUGAUAUCUUAUGAAUAUUAUUCCUUGA